AUGGAGGGCAAUGAACUCAACGAGGACCAAUGCGUGAAGUGUAAGAAUAACUGUGAGGAAGAAUAUUAUAACUGUGACUCCUGCCUGAAGAGAAUUCACAGGAAAUGUUCAAAUAUUGCACCAUCUGAAGCAAGGUGUAUGCCCCUUCAAAAGCGGAUGCUACUGUUGAUAUGUGAAGAAUGCAAAUCCCUAAUUGCAAGAAUGCCUUUUAUUAUAAGGAUGUUGGAAGAAAUACAAAGAGAUGUCGAAGCCCUAAAGACCGCUCGGCCAAAAGAAUCAUAUGCAGCAGCAGUAGUACGGAACGAGACAAAUAGAGAGGGCGAUAGGACAUGCCUGCCCACAAUUAUAAUCAAACCUAAAAAAAAUCAAAACCCACAGGAGAGUAAGAGUGAAAUUCAAAGAUCAAUUAACCCAUCAACGCUUAAAUUGGGAAUAAGAAAUAUAAAAGAGACAAAACAGGGAAAUAUAGUUGUGAAAUGUGACACUGAACAGGAUUUGAAACACUUUAGAAGGGAAGCAGAAGAUAAACUAGGAGAAAACUAUGAAAUGGAGCUACCAAAGAAAUAUUUGCCCAAAGUUAAAAUAGCAGGGUACAGUGGUGGAGAGCCACUGGAAAUUAUAGAAGAAAAAAUUAGGAAUCAAAAUAAAUGGAUAAACAGUACUGAAGGGUUGAAAAUCACAUACAUCAAAAGCAAGAAAAAUGCUGAAAAUUCAACAAUUUAUGCAGAGUGUUCAGGAACACUUUUCAACAAAAUGAUAGCGCAGGGAAAGAUAUAUAUCAACUGGCAGCGUCUGCCUGUGUACGAAGACUUGACAGUGUCCCGUUGUUUCAGGUGUCAGGGUUUCAAUCACAAAAGUGCGAAAUGCAGCAUGGAACAAGUUUGCCAACUGUGCCGGAAGUCAUGA